AUGGUGAGGAAAGCUGGAGGACCACCCUGGAGCCAGCUGACUCCUGCUGACCCCAAUAGGUACCUGAGUUACCCAAAAUCCACCAAUGGCACCACAGAGCCCCACCAAGCAGCCCACCAACCCCACCGCAGAGGAAAAACUACACCCACUCCAACAUUCAGAGUAGUGUGGAAAACCAGAGAGCAGCGAGCAUGGGGAGUGCAGACACACGGAAGCGGAGAGCACGGAGCACGGACUUAUUGGGGACGGGACAAACUGGUUGAGGAGAUGAGACAGAAUGGGGAGAAGAUGGUGAAGCAAGCGUCUCAGUUCUGGAGAUCAUUGCUGACUCUGCUUGAUCCUGAACACCACCAGGAGCUUGUUCCCACUGGUUCAGACCUGAUCUUUGAGCCACAGACUCUGGGUCCUGGCAUGUCGCUGUCCAAAGACAACAGGAAGGUUUUCCACAAUAGCUGUCUGGGACAGUGCUGUGCAACUCUUCUAAUCUGUAGUACCAAGACAGCCAGCAGCUUUCAGAGGUGGGUGGUCAGUCUGCCUGAAGAGUCUGAUUGGACGAUUGGUUUAUGUGAAAAAGAGUGUGUAAAGAACUUGAAGGAUGGAGCUGUGUAUGGACUGUGCUGGGAAGAUAAGCAGCUCAGCUUUCACACAAUGGAGAACGAUGAUGAUUCUGAUGCAUCGUUUAAAGAAGGAGAAAGUAACAUGGCCAACACAGCAAAGCAACACAUGGUGUCUUCUGAGUUAAUUACAAACGAGGAGGAGAAUGGUGAUGAGGCCAUGCCACCACUUGAAAAGGUGGAGGUGUUGUGGAACUUUGAUGCCUCCUCACUGUCCUUCUACAGCAGAACCGGACAGCACCAGAGGGAAGAAAUAAUAACUAUUGAGAUCAGCCUGAACAACAAGGAACUGACUCCAUUUGUACGACUGGGAAAAGAAAAUGUCCAAAACACAACAGGUAACAGGUUGAAGACGGGACAAUAUGUCUGGCUCUACUUGUCAGGGUUGUUGUUCCUGUGGAAAACUUCUUGGUAGACAUGUCACACAGGUGGUUUGUGAACUUUACUGAGUGGUAGUCUUUGUUUUUCUGUCACUAAAUAAGUAUAAAUUUAACUGAUUACUGUUAAGUUGUUGUUAAUUUAAAUUAUUGUGAUGCAUCAUGAGGUUUUUCAUUUAAUGCUGUCAUUCUGUUCUGGGGUUUUACGCUAAUGUAGCUAUUUUAAAGUAUUUGUCUUCAUCUGGUGGUAUUGAAAGUGUUACUGCUUCACAGCUGGGGUAGUCGACAUGUUUCUUUGUAUUAAAGUAAACUUUCAACAUACUUCAAAUAGACUCCCAAACACCCUGUAGGGCCUGUUUACAGACGUUAUCCAGCACACAGCAGGCACUUUGGCUAAUCUUGUGUCUUUCAUACUGGAUCAUAUGCAUUUGAUGGCUGGGCGGGUCUGAUGGGAGGAGAUUGAGAUACAGAUUCAUGUAAGUAAACAGAAAUAUUUAGUUUCCUGUGUACACGCUGUAAAUGAUAUAAUCAAUAAUAGUCAUUGGAGUUUAAGGAUGUGGAAUGUUUUUUAUUGACUGGAUGAAACGUAACGUGAGCUUUUGAAAUAUAAAAACUGCCUUUUUAAACACUUCACACAAUAAAGAGAAAAAACACAGUUUAAACUGAGAGCUGAUAUAUUCAGAAUGUGAAGAGUCCCAGAGUCUGUGUGCUGGAAAAUAUUUCUGUUAUAGAGAGUGAAACAACCAGAGCUGCACUGACACAUGCACAGUGAGUCUUUAGCAUACAAGGAGACUCCCUCAUACCGUUGUAACAAAUCAUUCCCUAACUGGGACCACAUGGUCAUUUAGGUUUGGCAGCGUUUCUAGUAGAGAGCAGCAGAUAGCUUGAGCAAGAACUGAGACUGUACUUAUGAAUCGAGAAAAUGUAACUUCAUGAUAAACAGAUGUUAAGAUUUUGUGCUAAACUAUCACUGGCUCACUGAUGCCCAUAUUUCAUCAUUUGGUUGUCUUUUAUGGAGAAUGAUGACUAUUCUGAUGCAGAGUUUAAUGAGGAAAGGAGAAAGUAACAUGGAAAGAAGAAAUAAUAACUAUUGAGAUGAGCCUCAACAACAAGGAACUGACUCCAUUUGUACGACUGGGAAAGGAAAAUGUCCAAAACACGACCCAGAGGCAGAAAUGGAAGUGCUCAUGUGGGAAAGUUUACUACAGGGAUGGUAAUGGAUACAGAAAUAAUAUGUCCCGCUUUUUUCCCCAGGCUAAUUGUUCUUGUGGAAAAAUGAUUGGUGGUCCAUGUGUCACAGAA